AUUGCGUUGCAAUACGUUUGUUACUGGAUACGUAACCGCCAAAAAAUUGAACGUUAUUGUGUAGGUUAAAUCAGUUGUACUGAUACUGAGUGUGGUUUAGUUAAUAUAUAAUUCGGACUUUUUGUUAAUUUUGGUGUUCCAUUAUGCCAGAAUCAUACUGUUUUCUCUGUGCCAGUGAUGAAGGGGUUUUCUUAGACAUUACGGCGGACAACAAACAAAUAUUUCAAGAACAAUUUCAGAUCUGCUCACUUGCUAAGGUAUUUACAAUAGAGCAAUUGCCAACCAAAAUUUGUCACAAAUGUGCAUAUGAAUUAAGUCAAUGUAGCUCUUUUUUACAAAAGCAUAAACAUGCUAUAGAAAAAAAGGCAUAUGCAUGUAAAGAGUUCUGUAGUUUCUGUCUGGAACCAGCAAAAAACCAAUUCAUUUUUGAUCUUAGUAAAGAUAAGGCUUUACAAUACAAUUCAUUGGAUAAAAUACAACAGCUUUUUAAUUAUGAGCCUGAAAAAACUUAUGAAGAUUAUAAAUUUAUAUGCUUAUCUUGCCGAUACAUAUUGGAUGUAUUGUUAGAUUUAAAAAAUGUAUCUAAAGAAACUGCAAUCAUAUUGAAUGACAGUGACUGUGAAGAAAUAGAUUAUGCAACUUUUCCUAAGGUAAAAACUAUUGUUGUAAAUCGCAAAACUACCAUCACUGAAUCUGCUAGAACAAAUUUAAACACAUUAUCAGAGUCACAUAAUAAUUUGGUCAAAAUGAUACGUACAAGAUCUCAAAAUAAUAAGUUGCGUAAUAACAACUCAAACACAACAUCAAAAUUGGGAGUUUGUAAUAAGUGUCAUAACUCUAUUAAAAAUGAGGAUGACAUGUAUAAGAUUCACAAAACUGGAGAUACAGUAUGCAAAAGUUGUUGGAAAAAUAUGAACAUUUGUACAAGUGAAGCUGAAAUCCAAGUGCAACAAAAUGUUUCAGAAACCAAACUUUGUACAGUUUUCUUAAAAGAUGUUUUGAAGGACACUGAUAUAAAGGAACAAAAACUCUACAAAAUUAACGAGGAUGAUGUAGGUAAUAAGACAUAUGUUGUAACAGGCCAAAAUGUGACAAAUGAAAAUAAACCUGAUAAAGUAGUUAAGGAUACACGAAGACAGGGUCAAAAACGUUCUCUCAGAAGUGUAAAACUAGAAAACGAAGACAUUAAUGACAAAGACAUAGGACCAAAUAAGAAACAUAAAUCUGAUGAAAAAGAAGCGAGUAACACAGAUUCAAAAGAAGAGUCACUACCUCGAACGCGAAGGGUUAGGCAACUUCAACAGAAAAAUAGUACUCAUAGCGCUACUCAAAGUUCAGAUUCAGAUUCUUCUGUAUCAAGAGUCACAAGAAAAGGUCGAAGAGUUCUAACCAAACAUAAACUAGCAACUGGCUCAUCUUGGUCUGAUGCAGAUGUUGACAAUAGACAGGAUCGUAAAAAACUAAAAACCAUUUUAAAAGGUAUUCCUAUAGCAAAAAGUAUACAGGUAAGCGACGUAUCAUCAUCAAACGAAGAUGUUAUGUCACGAAAAAAGCGACUGAGAUUUACAAGCGCUUCACCUACUAUGAUAGACGAAAUUCAGGAUAAUAAAGCACUGGAAAGCAGUGCAAGAAAGGUAUCGACACGUAAAAUAAAAAACUUAUCUGGACAAAGUCCAAAACUGUCAAUGGAAAAAAUAGAAGAAUCACAGUCUGAAUCUGAUCAUAAAGAAGUUAUAUUUGACACUAAAACAUAUGUUUGUGAUGAAUGUGGAGCCAGUUAUGAAAAUAAGCUUUUAGGUUUAACACACAAAUUGUCGCAUUAUAAGCAGCCAACGCUAAAACUACAGAAAUUAAGUGAAGAAAGUUCAGUAAUAGAAAAAGAAUCAGGCCCAAGUGAACCAGUAGAUAAUCUAUCAGAAGAUCCGUCUGAGAGUAUAGCACUUAUGGUUGAAGAUGAUGAGGAAGAAUCAGUGGAACAUGCAAAGAAUUUGAAUGAAAAUAAUUUUACGGACAUUAGUAGUAAUGAGGAAAGCAAAAUAUGUUCUCCUAGAAAAGAAGCAGUAGAAGAUGCUGUUGACGUGAAACUUGUCAUGAAAGAAUCUGAUGAUGAUCAGCUUCAUAAAACUCAGAAAGAAGGAGAAGAAUUGCAAGCAGAUGAAGAUGUAGAAAUGAAUGUUGCUAGCUCGUCGACGCAAAAUGAAAAUGAAGUUACGAAAGAUGAGGAUAUACAAAAAGAAAGUAAAGAAGACGAGAAUGUGAAUUUAGAGGAAAAUCUGGAUACUUCACAAAGUUUUACUGAACAUAAACAAAAACAGCAUAAAGAAGAAGAAGAAGAAGAAGAAAAAGAAAAAGAAGAGAAAGAUGAAGAGAAUGAGCAAGACGGUAAUAAAGAUAAGCUAGAUGAAGAGGAAAUAGAACAAGUUGUUUCGUUAGGCAAUAUCAACGAAGACCACGGAGAAAAAGAUAUAGAAAAGAAGGAAGAAAUGGAGAGUACAAGUAAGACAAUGGAAGCAGAUAAUGAUAGAACAGAAGAAGAAGAAAAUGAUAGGACACAGGAAGAAGAAAAUGAUAAGACACAGGAUGAAGAAAAUGAUAAGACACAGGAUGAAGAAAAUGAUAAGACACAGGAUGAAGAAAAAAAUAAUAGUAAAGAUAUUAAAGAAGGGGAAGGGCAAGAUAUUGAAAAAGAAGAAGAACAACAUGUAAAGACAACUGAUAAAGACACUGAAGAAGAAGAUACAGUGUGUGAAAGUUUAAAUAAAUCCAUUAAAGAUUCUGCUGAUAGUACUGUAAAUGUAGAUGAGGUAGAUUCCGUGAAAGAAGUUGAACAAGAAAACACUGAGAUGAAAGAAGUAGAUAGAACGAUCGAUGAUGCUAGUAAUUCGAAAGAAACUAGUGAACAAAAAUCGCCUAGAAGUACGCAAAAAGUAAAAUCACCGGGUGAAAAUAUAAUACAAACAAAAAUAAAUGGCUCGCCUAAACAGUCGAAAGUUUUAGAAGAGAUUGAGUUAGUAAACGAAAUGGAUAAUUCAAGAGGAGCAAAGUCAACAAGUGAUUCCGCUAAUGCCGUGGCGGAAGUAUUGCAAGAAGUUCUUGAUUUAGCAAACGCAGAAGUUCGAAAACGUCAAGAGGUUAUUGGUACAAAUGCCGAAAAUGACACCAUCGAAUUGGAGACUUUGGAAAACAUAUCACGUGAAAUAAAUAGCACCAUUGAUAUGCCAUGUCUGAAAAUAAACGAUGACGAUAGUACGGACGUUGUUUGUUUGGAGUAACUUGUAUAUUAUGAAAGUUUUUCUACAAACAUUGAGUAUAAUUUUUAGUAUAUAUAAAGAUAUAUGGGAAAACUUGAAGGAGGCCAUAAUAUGUGGUAAUAAUAAUCUUUUUAUAAAUGGAGGGUCUUGGAGGGUAGUGCAAAGGAUGUUUAGACGGUUUCAACGACCCCUAAUACAAGGUCAUUCGAUAAUAAACAAA